AAGGAAACCAUUAGAAUUGUUUGGGGCAGCGAUUUCCCACUAUGGCCGCGAUCCACUUCGCUCAACCGCAGCUUGGGAUAAGGACGUGCCCUUUGAAAGUUGCCACAAGAUCUAGCCUAACAUGCAUUGCACGUACUCCGGCUCGGCUAGAUCGCAAGGAGCGCGUUGGCGUCGCUCCACAACCAGGGUUUGCCGCGAUGAUGCCGCGCGUCGGCCCAGCGGCUCCCAAAUUGCAGGUUAAGGCUGCCUCAUUCCUCCGACGGGAGUCCUCUCCGCCCCUCGACCCGGAGUCACCUGAGCAGGUGGCCCUGCGUGCCUCCGCGGGUUGGCAGUGCGGCCUCAGCUUCGUGGCCUUCUGGGUGCAACUGGCGCUGUCGGUGGUGGCGGCGGGGGUGCUGCUGUUCUCACUGGCAACAACUGCCAACAGCGCCAACCAGGCGCUCUCCGCCGCCUGGCCCCGCUACCUGACUGCUGCCGGCACCGCGCUGUCCCUCACCUCCGCCUUCUUCGCGCACGGCUUCCUGCGGCUGGGUCGGCAGCUGCGCGCGGGCGGCGGCGUGGCUGCUGGGUGGCUGGCUGGCAGCCUGCUGCGGUGCAACGCGGUGAACGUGGCGGGCAUUGCGGUGACGGUGGUGGGGCUGCAGGCGUCCGUGGGCACGCUGGUGGCCCGGUCGCUUGUUUCCUCCGUGCAGGCCCCCUUCGCGGUCGCCCCGCCCUCGGCCCUGGUGUCGCUGGACGUCUUCGCACUGCAGGCCGCCACCAACACGCUGCUGGCCCACGUGGUGUCGCUGCUGUUCACCAACCUCAUGAUGCGCCUGCUGGGCUCGGCGGGGGCAGCAGCGGGG